UGCAGCAGGGCUAGGAUGGGAGCCGGGCAACAGAAGGACUGGGGCUGUGCCUUUCUAAGCUUGCAGUACCUCCUCCCUUCGCGUCUCCCGGGGCUGAGCCUCCGUGGCAGCCCGCCCCUAAUCUUCAGGCGGAGGCUUCAGCAAAAUCCAGUCGUGAGCUCUGCCUCAGUAAGAGGGUCCUCGCCACCGCCGCACCUUUCCGCUUGGCUGGCCACCGCCCCUAUGCGCUAUGCGCUGUACCGCUGUUCCGACCUAGACCUGUGACCGAUUCUGCCCAGUAGGAUGAACUGGACUGCUGCCACGUGCUGGGCUCUGCUGCUGGCCGCCGCCUUCCUCUGUGACAGCUGUUCGGCCAAGGGCGGCCGGGGAGGUGCUCGGGGCAGCGCCCGCGGGGUACGCGGAGGCGCGCGCGGGGCAUCGAGAGUGCGCGUAAGGCCGGCACCCCGCUACGGCUCCUCUGUGCGUGUGGCCGCUGCAGGGGCAGCCGCAGGUGCUGCGGCAGGUGUGGCUGCGGGCCUUGCCACUGGCUCUGGCUGGAGGAGGACCUCGGGGCCUGGCGAGCUAGGCCUGGAGGAUGAUGAGAACGGGGCAACUGGAGGCAACGGAACUGAGCGAGGAGUCUACAGCUACUGGGCCUGGACUUCGGGCUCCGGGUCCAUUCCCAGCCCACGUGUUUGCCUGCUUCUGGGAGGCACCCUUGGUGCGUUAGAACUACUUUGGCCCUAGAUCAAGCUGAGCUCCGCCCCAGAUCUGACUCCUAGCCCGAGUCAUCGGGGCCCUAGGGACCAUCCCAGUGGCCUCUAGCUCAGAGAGUGACUUCCUUUUGCUGACUAUGGUUCCCCAGUCCAGAUGACAGUAUGGGCAUUCUGAGCCCACAAGCUCUCUUGCAAUUUGUGGACACUGUUUACUCUCUUGCCCAUCCCAGUCUCCCAAUCUUCCACCCUGGCAGGAACAGCUCCACUGCCAGAGAGGCAGGCUGCCCUCACUCUCCAGAGCUGCCCAAGAGGAAGUGUCGGGCCAUGCCUGUGUGCUUGCCCUGGACACACGAACAUGAAUUAAUGCUGACCACCAGGAAGAGGCCAUUCUCAGGUGGGCCUGCCUGAUUCUGCCACUAAAGCCCAAAAGACCUUGCGCCUUCCAUGGAAGCAGAAGGAACGAACCACUUCCCUCUGGACUUUACAAUUUGGUGAAGAGAACAUUCACUUGGACUGCAGUGUGAGAAAUGUCAGGUGCUAACCACCUGCCCAGAGCAGGUCCUAAUGAUGUCACAGCUCAGGAACAUCCAGAGCAGAAAAUACCCAUCCCAGGACACCCACUGUGGUCCUCCUUGAACAUGCUACCAAGGCCAAGGUAGUGUGUUUCUUCUUCAGAGACUGCCUGAGACACCUUCUGUCAACAGCGUUCCCCACUUUGAGCCGCUUGACCAUAAGGACCACUUAUCCGUUCCUAAGAUCCACUGAGAGUCAGGUUCCACAUUCAGAAACAUUCCAUUUCCUUUGACUUUAGGUUCACGAGUGAGGGUCACUUGGAUACAAUACCAAUCCUGCUGGAACUUUCUUUGUACAUGACCCAAACUGCAAGAUUCCCACAAUGCCAGUGGAGAGCAGCAUCUUGUGUUGGGAGACCCUCUCCCUUGGUAACAGAGGGACCGGGGAGGUAAGAGAAUAUGGCACCAUUGGCAGCUGGCAGCCUGCACUUUGGAGAACACAACAGUUCUUGGCCCACUGACGUCAGAGGAAAGCUAACAGACACAGCAAAGCCAGCCUCAGCAGGUUGUGGGUGAGUGUGGGCUAACACUACUAAAAGUUUUCUGACCAUCUAUAUCCAUCCUGAGAACAAAGCUGAGGCCCAGGGUGGCCUCAAAGAGAUGCACUACAGUCCUCACAUGGAUCUACAUUGGGGCAGACUGGCUCCUUGCUGCUCCAGGGCCCACCAGCACAUCCUUGCCCCAUGGAGUGAUGGGUCUCUGGGCUCAGUCAGUAUACACAAUGCUAGCCUGGCAAACCUCUGGCUAGUAUUCAGGUUUCAAGGCUAUUGGCAGGACCCUAGCCAAGCGAUUUCUUGACCAACAAGGUGCAGGGUGCAGCUCCCUGCACCCUCUCUCCACACUGCCGGUGCUCUUAGGCACAGACAGCCCAGAUGCUUCUCUGUCCCUUACAGACCAAGCUCAAUACCAAGACCAGCAAGCUAAGGGCCAAGCCCACUCAGGGCCUCAAAGGCAAGUACCAUCAAGUCUGGUACAGGGAGACCCACUAGGGCCCCUUCAGCUGGUCGAACACCUAUGGGGAUGCGCUACGUGGACCUGACCUUCACGUACCAGAGCACCAUGUGUUAGUUCUGG